AUGACUUCAAUUGUGCCGAUUCCAACUGACUCCUACAAUCUUGGGUUUGUCGGGGCCGGAAAAUUGGCUGAGAGCAUUGCAAGAGGCAUUGUCAAAUCAGGAGUUUUACCUUCUUCCAACAUUCGGACUGCACAUCUUGCCACCUCUCGACGAACUGCCUUCGAGUCAUUUGGCGUCAAAGUCCUUUCCCAUAACGUGGAGGUUGUUCAAGAGAGUGAUGUGGUUGUAUUCUCAGUGAAACCUCAAGUUC